UUGGCGUCAGUACCACACAAGGUGCUACCUCAGUACGAUUUCAGUACCAUUGUACGACCUCAGACACCCUCAUGUCGGUUAUAGUAACUUCUGCGAACACAAGUCGAAGAUAUAUCCAGCCGUUUGUGCACUGAAGAGCCUCCGCAGAGAUUCCUGGAAUUUGCUGAAGACUGCCUCACUGUCUCAGAUUCUAGAUGGGUGAAUCAGGCUCACGCCGUUCCACUCUUGUGUCCCGCCUGCCAAUCUUCCGCCGCAGCAGCAGUAAGAGGCAGGAGUCUCUCCCCUCUUCUCCAUCCUCAGGCGGAGUGGGGAAUGGCGUCCACACCUCCUCGCCUUCCAGCACCAACUCCAGUUCUGGCAGCACUGGGAAACGUCGGAGCCUUUUCCGCACUCCAUCACUCAGUUUUACAACUAAACGGAACAGCGAUCCACGGGUCCAGCCUAUUAACCUGAACCUCACACCCCCCCUGACACAGAGCACUGAUGCAAAUGGAAAUAACCAGCAGACAAUAACAACGUCGGUGUCAACAGGAUUUAGUGAGGGUGGUAGGCGUUCCAAGUCACGCCAUUCAUUUGGGUUUGGCAGUCACAGGCAAAAGAAAAUCCCACGCUCUCAGACUGAGGAUUUUGACAAGGCUUCCUCAUCCUCCUCCACAGCCAAUCGCAAUGUGUUUAUCAACUGCAUCAGCAGCUCAGGGGCCAAUGAAGGCGAUGACUCUGGGUUUCUUGAUGACUAUAGUGGGGCCAGUAAUAACAACAAACGGUCAUCACGACAGAAGAAACAACUGAUGCCAAAGUCUUUCUCCGCUCACCAUCGCUUCUCCCGCACAUCUGAUCAUCACAGACCUCCAGAAGUCAAUUUGGAACCCCCAAGCUCCACCACAAUCACUCCAGGGGCAGGAGGGCUCACCCCAGGGUCAUGGCCUGGUGACCUGAUUGGUGCAGGUGGUGAGAGUUCACUCCAGUCCCCUAUGAUAUCAGAAGAUCGAACCACAGCCAUUACUCCUUCAGAGUUUAUCCCCAUCACAGAGGACUCUGUAUCUGAAGUAGAUACACUUCCAGCUCCCAGUCCUGGAUCUGGUUUAACCCCAGGCCCUGCCUGCAUGCCUGGGCUGGUUACUGAUGCUGACACACCUGCCCUCCCUAAUGCACCAGACAACUUCAGCGUGGUGGUUUCUACUUCCCAGGUUUUUUUUACUCCAGCCCAAUCCAGUGCCGAGAAGCCCUUACUUCCUGACACCAGCACAGCCAACAACACAGACUAUGAAACUGCUGUUUCCCUCUCAGAGCCUGAGACGGCUGUUACCUGCCUCCCUGUGCAAGAUCAAUCACCGGAAGAGAGGAAGGAGAGGGAGGAGGAAAGACAGAAGGCAAAGAAAGAGGAAUCUGCAGAGAAAAGCAAGGAGUUGGUGCAGGAGAAAAAGACAGGUUACCAUACAGAGACCACAAGUGAGAGUGAAGCAUGUGUGGUACGUAGUGAGGGUUGCCACUCUAACCCUGAGCAAUCAGAAAGGAGGGCAAGAACCACACUCUCUGUUCAAGAAAGAGGAAGCUUCUGUAGCUGCCAUGAACCAAGGUCUUCUCACUUCAGGAAAGCACAUGCAGCUUCUUUGUGUAGCAGUGCCAGUCCCUACCAUGAGGUGAUGCGCUUGGAAAGGCGUCUGCGCUCCUCAUCUGAGGGGGCUGGUGGGCCUCGUAUCCAUGGAAACCACAGGGAUGCCCCAGGCAUCGAGGGAUGUGGGCUGCUCAAACACAGAAAUAACUCCUCAUCGUCCAAACUGGGAAGUCUGGAUGUAUUAAACAACCUGGGUUCUUCAGAAUUGGAUGAGGAUGAUCUUAUGUUAGACCUGGACCUUUCUGAUGAUCAGCGACAUCGACAUGUGUCCAGAGAAGACUCCAGCCAGUCUCUGACCUCGUGUCUUAACCUGCUCCCUUCUCCUUUGGACCCAUCUGGAGAUCGCAUCGCAGGAAAAGAGAACAGUCAGAGGGAGCCAAGCCGACCAACCAGCCUGCUGCCUGCUGACUGGAGCAUGGGACUGGGUUUAGGGAAGGAAGAUGACCCUUUACUACCGGGGCUGGAGACUCUUCCACUCAGACUGAUGCAGCAAGACUGCACUGCUGUUAAGACCCUGCUUUUAAGACUGAGACGAACACUGCAGGAGAGCACAGAGACGAGUCCUGCCAGCAGCCUCCAGUCUCUACCAAUCAGUCCCUGUAGUGAAAAGUCUCUUCCAUUCAAGGAUCUCAGCAGAGAGGAAACCUUGCUGCAGCAACUGAGGGAGAAAGAUGAGAUGAUUCUCAGACUCCAAAGUGACCUGGAGAGUGCCAAAGCUGCCCUGAAGAUGAAAGACUGCCAAAUGACUGAUCGCACAACACAGACAGAGCACAUGGGGCAUGAGACCAAUCAUCCAGGCCGGUGGUCAGGACUAGGCAGCAACAGUCUAGCACCAAGGGAUCGAAGAGUGGUGCGGGGUGUGGGAGUAGCACUCGGAGGGGACCUCUCUAACCAACAUCCCCAUCCAUCUCUGCAUGGCCGGCCUCUUGCUUCUGAGCGGCACGCUACAAGAGAAGAGCGCCACCACCAGGGAGUAUUGGCUCAGCCAAUAGUUCGGAAUCUUGCUCCAAACCUGGCUCCUGGCUCCUCCAACAAGUCCUCUACCCAGGCCUCCCCAACCCCACCAGCCCAGGUUCAAGUCUCACCACUGAGCCUCAAUACAAAUCAAUGCCCAGUUGCUGACUCGGUGCCAGCUAAUAAUACCCCUGUUCCAUCUUUACCCAAGCAGCCCAAGGGCGUGUCUUCGUCCUCUGAGUCCUUAACUCCAGGAGAAGGAGGAGGUGGUGUAAGGAGAGGAGGUGGAGAUAACCAUCCAACAAGCCAUAUCCCUCGCGCAGUCGGAGCAAGUGCUUCUUCAAGCCUCCACAGUAUUGCAAACAGAGGGAGCCCCUUUCAGAGCAUCUCCUCAUCUGACCAAACUUCCCCUCCACCACCUAUUCCAUCCUCAGCCUCCUCUUCUUCCUCGUCUACAUUUGCUGGCCGUUUAGGACAACCACCUCGAGGCCCUCUGUCUCUGCAUAGCUACAGUCGUAAAAAUGUCUUCCUCCAACAUUCCCUACAUACUGCCGAACUGCAAGCUCUGACUCAGAGAGACAGUUGAGGGCAUACAAACGUUCAACCAUUCCAGCCAUAAGCAGCCAUAUAAUCAACUGAAAUAAGGAUACGUUUGGAUUUAAAGAAAAAGAAAAAAAACAUGGCUUCUUCUUCAGUUAAAGUUGCUCUUGUUUUGCUGCUGCAACCCCCCCUCCCAGCCUUUCCAAUUAUCCUCAUUGCACACGCUUACAAUCACACUUUGCAAUCCAGACCAGCUCUUGACUCACAUUUUGUUUGGAAAUUUGCUUGCUUUAACACAUGCUCAUAUGCAAGUCACACACGCACACACACACAAAACAGAGUGUGAGAAUGAAAAAAGGCACUCACCCGUCUAUCAGAGCUCCCACGUUGUGUCAUGCUGACAGUUCAGAUGAGCUUACGCCCACGGACGCACAAAGUGCACACAGACUCACAAGUGCUCAUCCAUGCACACAAACACAAAUGCAGUCAUGUACACUUAAACACACACUCUGACACAUAGACAUAAUAUGUGAUAUCUUUGCUUCACCAUCUGCACAAAUACCAUGGUGUUAAAUUUGAAUGAAGAGAUGAGGUGUCUGCCUUUUUUAAGAUGGAUUUCUUUUAUCCAUUAUUUGACCAUUUUAACUGUGUGCUGCUUUAGAAACUAUGAAACUGACCAUAAUUUGCGCUUGUAAUAAUAUAUUGCCACCUUGCCAAGACCUGCGUCAGAUCAAAUUGUCAUUCCACAGCAGAUGAGGUUAUCAGAUGUAUUGGUGAAUUUCCUCAGCUAUAAUACUUUUAGUGCAUGCUUUAAAGGGUUAGGAAACAGAUGUAGGGAUUUUAUACUGCAACAAAAAGUAUGACAUUUCGUCUCAGUGUUUCAAAACAAAUCAAACAUGGAACAACCUUUUAGACUUCUUGUGCUUACAUAAACAGUUACUUGACUUAACGCCACCUUUUUACUGUAGAAUUACAAGGUUGUAGUGUACUGUACCCAACAAGAAGUUACUGCUCAUAACAUUUCAAGCUGAAGUGAGCGAUCUCUUUUUUUAAAUUGAGAUAUUUGCUAUUUUGACAGUUCAAUAUCCUGAUAAGCUAAAAAACGGCCUUAAAAUCAAGGCCCAGAAAUUCCCUAUUGAGAGCUGGAUUUUGACAGGAGACAACUACUGGUGCUUUGCGUAAUGACAAACAUGUAUAACUAUAUUUAGAAUUCAAUAGCAUAAUAAUUGUUGGCAGAUAUGUUUUCUAUUACUUGUUGACCUGGGCAAUCAUUUCACUAGAGUCUACGUCUCAUGGAGAAGAAAAUAGAAAACUGAUGUUGCACAGGAAGUUAACUUAAUCAAAAAAAAAAAAAAAAAAAGAAAAACUAAACAAAACAAGAUUUUAUAGGUGAUCCUGUUUAUAAAGAGCAGGAAUGUUGGGCUUUUGCACAGAAACCCAAUCCUUAAGUGUUAAGUUUCUUUACUUUUUAUUGAAGGUUUCAUCAAGGGACCCCAUCUGUUAUAAGAAAACCAACAGAUUUUAGUUUUAAACAAUGAAACUCUUGACAUUAACACGGUACAUUCAAUAUAACAUAAUUGUCAGGACUAGCUGAGUUGUACAUUGCAAAAUAUGUAUAAGAGUUAGCUACCAGACAAAGACCAACUUAAUUUUAUUUAUUUAUUUAUUUAUGUUUUUUUUUUUACAAGUGGAUUGUAAAACAGUUGGUCCGUUCUGCCACUGUGGAAUAUAUCAUGUGUGAACUGAUGAGAGAACAAUCAUAUCUUUGCCCAUUGGCUUUGAGGUAAAUGGAUCCUGCAGUGUCUGCUGGCAGGGGGGAGCCUGCUCUUGUGCUUAUUGCAGGCUAGUUGUUCACAGCUCCUGGCGUCUACAGACCAUGUGAGAUGUUGGGAAGGUUGUUGACCUUGUCUGUCUCUAAAUAGCACAUGGCUUUAGGGGAGCUGUGUAAAUCAUGUGUGUGUGCUGUAAAGCACACCUCACGAGGAAAGGACCUGGUAGGGGUGAAGAAAAGCCUGAAGGACAACAGCUCUGUUAUUAGCUGUGGAAACUACAACUCUGUCUGGCCUGUUUUAGUAAAACACAAUUGUCCUUCUUUUGAUUCUUAUUAUAGUCGAUGUCCCCUCACACUUCACCCUCUUUUGUCAUGUUUUUUCAAGCCCUUUCUGUCUCUACUGUAUGUUGGCCUCUCUCUUUCCCGCAGCACCCCUUUCUACAGUAUAUAAACAGUAGCUGUAUCCUCUUUGUUUCAUUAAUUAUCUUUUAUUUGUGCCUCCUUCUUAUGUCAUGUUCCACGUCUCUCCUUUUCUUUAUCAGACCCUACUUAAACAGAUCUUGUAUUGUCAAACAGUGUAUCUGUUACAGAUUCUGCUGGAGGCACUCUCAGUCCUGGGCAUUGGGACCUACAGCGCUGCCGGUUUUUAUUCCAGCUUUCUAAUCAGGGAGUAAUUUUACAUCUGGUAAAUGCAAUUAACUACCUGGUAGGAUAGGUUGGCAACAGUAAUGUGGCUCCUGAGGAGCUGUUUUAACAUCUGCAGCCUGAAUAUGAACCAAACAUUCCCCGCUCAGUUAGCUUACAGAUGAUCACACUUUUUUGCUGGCUGACCUCUUAAGUAAUUUGAUUUGUCUCUUUCGUUGAUGUGUGGAUUACAGUGUAGCUGACACUGUGUGAAAUGUUAUAAGAGAGUAUUUACUUCUUUUCUCUGAGUUUGAUACAGAUGCACUUGCUUCAGCUGUGCUGGAAAACAUACCACAGCAGGGGGGCAGCUGGUUAUGUGAAUGAUCAUGACAGGAAUAAGCCACAUGUGAGAUGGCAGGUCAAAUGUGGCCCCGAGGUCUUUUACAAAGUCACUUUUUUCUUUUCAAAUUGAAAGAAUGAACUGAUUUUGAGCCUCACUGCUAUGAUACAAGGAUGUGAAAAGCAGACACAGCCCACAAACCUCAACCCUUCAUUUCCACUUUGCAGCAUGUUGUGCAUUUAAAAUACUAUGUGACAUUUGUUGGGAAAUUAUUUGUUGUUUUGUAUUGUUUUUGCCUUAUUUAUAUUAUUUACACAGGAGCAGUUUCCUAAAAGCACUGUGGCACUAGUAAAAGUAUUAUUUAUGGUUAUAAUAGUAAAGAUGGAGAUGACAGUGAUGAUAAUCAUUUUUAAAUCACAGAUUAAAUGCAGUUUUAGCUGUUUAAUUUUUCAUACUCUAGAAUUUUUUUUGCAUUACUGUACUAAAAAAAAUCAAACUUUAUAUUAGUUUAUAAAUUAUUAAUUCAUUGUUCUUCAUUUUGAUUUGUAUAUAGUUUGUGUAAAUGACAAUUAAAUGAUUCACGAAUGUUGUUUGUUGGCACACUGGAAAUUCGAACAUUACAGCUUUUGUUGUUGUUUUUUUUCUUCUUUUUUUGUAGACAAAUUUUAAAUGUAGUCAGAGGUCUGACUUAUAACCAAAGAGUUGCAGGCCUUAGUGAUUCAACAUAAAAACAAUUAUGGCUAAUUGAAGAGUCUUCAUACUAAAUUUGACAUGUAAAGGCCAAAUUGCUUAUGCAUAGAAAUUCAGCUUUGCACUAUUUCUCUUCUUACUUGAGACUACUUAGAAAGAUCUCUUUUCAAUCUUCUGUCAUAAAAGUGGAUGUUGAUGAUCUAUAAAAGCAGCUUUUUGUGUUUAAGUUGAUUAACUAAUGGGUAAACUUGUAUUGCGAGCUCCCCACACACACACACACACGGAUGUGGAGGAACAAAACCUUUUUCUUUAUGCUCUGCAGUGUAUGUUUACCUAAAGUAUAUCUCUUUGGUUUAUGUCUAUCAUGGUUUUUGUCACCCACACAACUGUGCUCACAUGAAAUGAAAUGUUUAACAAAAGAUUUUUGUCCACUGUGUCCUCAAUGUUAAUAUUUAUUACAAAUAAAAUUGAUGAAAAUA